GCCGCCUGCUCCCCGGCGGCCCCGGGCGCGCGGACCCCGAGUCCUGGCGCUCGCUGCUUGGGCUCGGCGGGCUGGACGCCGAGUGCGGCCGGCCGCUCUUCGCCACCUACUCGGGCCUCUGGAGGAAGUGCUACUUUCUGGGCAUCGACCGGGACAUCGACACCCUCAUCUUGAAAGGUAUUGCGCAACGAUGCACAGCUAUCAAGUACCACUUUUCUCAGCCAAUCCGCUUACGAAACAUUCCUUUCAAUUUAACCAAGACAAUACAACAAGAUGAAUGGCACCUGCUUCAUUUGAGAAGAAUAACGGCUGGCUUCCUGGGCAUGGCUGUAGCCGUCCUGCUCUGCGGCUGCAUUGUGGCCACGGUCAGUUUCUUCUGGGAGGAAAGCCUGACCCAGCAUGUGGCUGGCCUCCUUUUCCUCAUGACAGGAAUAUUUUGCACCAUUUCCCUCUGCACUUAUGCUGCCAGUAUCUCCUAUGAUUUGAACCGGCUCCCAAAACUAAUUUAUAGCCUGCCCAAUGAUGUGGAACACGGCUACAGCUGGUCUAUCUUUUGCGCCUGGUGCAGUUUAGGCUUUAUUGUGGCAGCUGGAGGUCUCUGCAUCGCUUAUCCGUUUAUUAGCCGGACCAAGAUUGCACAUCUAAAGUCUGGCAGGGACUCCACGGUAUGACUGUCCACACUCAAGCUCACUGCUUGGCGGCCCGUACUCCUGAGGGAACAGAGAGAAGUUCGCAUCAGGAUCCCAAGCACAAAGCGGUCUUUUACAUUCCAAUCUGUUGCCUGCCAGCCCUUUCUGGAUGACUGAUAUAAAAAUCAUGCAAACCUCCAUACCUUUCCAAGGACAAGACUACUGUGGAUUCAAGUGCUUUAAUGACUAUCUAUGCUUUGACUGUGAGAAAUAGGGAGCAGUGUCAUGGAACACUUCUAGGUUUAGAAAAAGAGGAAAUUGCAAUGGAAAAAUUUGUAUGAUUGCCAUUUAUUUCAGAAAGUUUGUAUAUAAUAAUUACCCGAGAGUCAUUUCUAUUUGCAAAAAGGUUCAUAACAAAGUAAGUAUAAUUUUCUUGUCAUCGUAACAUGCUUGUUAAAUUUUAAUGCAGCAUCUUCAGAACUCGUCCUAAGCGGUGUCUCGUUGUGUCAGCACCAAAUGUUUGUGUUUGUGGAUGUUCUUUUUGUCACAGGGAGAUUCUUCUUCUGUUGCCUUAUUUAUUUAUUUUUUAACUGACGUCUUUUCUCUGUCUUUGUACUAGAAUCAAAAUCAUAAGAAAAACAGAUCAACCAUGUAAGAGCUAAUCUGUGACACUAUGCAGUAUCGUUUGAAGUCCUAUCUGUCAUUCAACCUAUGUCUCUUUAUGUUAAUUGGGUUUCUGCAUUAAACGAUGGCCCCAUUGUUAA